AACGGUCCCAGUACGGCAAGCGUGGCUCAUACACCUACGAUCUACCAUUAUCGCCACCGUUUGGUCUGCUCCACGGACUAUCGAUUCUAGAAGCCGACCUUCCGCUGGUAGGAGGCCCACGUCGAUCCCUUCCAGCCAUCCGAGAACGUACACCCUCCCUCGGAGAGGAAGCCUGUGCACCACCUUGGCCACGUUGGCUUGGAUUUGCUCUUGUCCACGGAGAACGUCACCGCAGUUAGUGUCCAACUCGUACAGCGUGCAAGAACGCCCCGCGACAACACACUUGCUCCAUUCAAAGGAUUUACUCGGCGCCAUGAAGAUCAGAGUCCUGGUGGCGUUCGUCGUGGUCGUCCUGGCGGUGGCAUCAGCCCAGGACUACAGUCAACUCUUCGCAGGAUUCGGCCCUUACCUUAGAUCGUCGUCCGCAGGGAUGCGAGAUCCACGAUCGAACAGGGGCCCGGUGUUGUUCCCGCCUGGUCCACCGCCCAACAGCGCCGAUACGAGCGGAGUGAUACCAGGCGCUAGUGGAUACGGAUUCGUGCCACCCAACCCAGGUUUCUACAGGUACUUCUACUACUAAAUAAAAAAUCGGUAACAAGGAUGGAGGAACGUCUCGAGUGUCACGGUUGCUAAGUCAUCGAUUGGGAACGUUAAGGAUAUAAAGUGUUCUCGACUGUCGAGGGAUCUUUACAGGAAAGGGUGGAAUUUGGGGAGGAAAGGACUGUGUUCGGCUUAAGAAUUUAGGUUGGGUGCCAACGUGUUCCUUAUGGUACUCGAGAACACUCUCAACAGUAUUUAUGUAGACAAAGGUGUUAAGAUAAUAUAUUUCUAAUACAUUUCUGUAACUAGCCAUUAAGUGUAAAGUUCGUGGAGUCCUGGUACAGUACAAUCUCAUUUGCAGUAGCUCGAUAUAAAUUUCCAAGCUGCGUUACAGUCAUUUUCAAAUUCUGCAAUAAUGGAAUAUUCCACGUUCAAUUUACAAGGAACCAAGGUCUUAACUCGAUCCAACGAAUCGAGGUUCAUCCGUACCGAGACGCUAGGAACUUACGAAACUACGCCGAUUCAAACCUGCUUGACGCAAUCGGCUAAGAAAGUUUGCCGUCCAAACUAUUUAUCGUUGAAAUUGUGAUUAGCCGAGACGAAUGGCUCGAUGGAGCCUAACGUCUGUCGUUACGUUACCAGUGGUCCACGAUGGCUCGUGGAUCGCCAAGUUAAUUAUAAAAUCUGCUUGUAAAUAAAGUAAUUAGCC